AUGAACGAUAACAUUCCAACUCUGACGGUAAGCAAUUUUAAUUCAGCACUACCUCAAUAUGUGGAGUAUUGCAGGUUUAAGGCCAAUACGUUUAGGGCUGGCCAUAUUGUAAAUCAACUGGAUCACUGGAAAACGCUGACCUCAGACCGAGAAAUUCUCGACACUGUCACAGGUCAAACAAUCGAUUUAAUUGGUGAACCGAUACAGAUUAAUCCUCCAUAUCAACCAAAAUGGUCCGACGAGCAGGCAAAAUUUAUAGACUCGGAAAUUCUCGUACUAGAAGGGAAAGGAAUAAUUGAACGUACCGUUCGGGAACAAAACGAUUUCAUUKCAACCAUAUUCCUCCRUCYUAAGAAGGRCGGUUCUUAYCGCAUGAUUUUAAACUUAAAAUCAUUAAACCAGUUUGUUGAAUACCAUCACUUCAAGAUGGACACAAUUGCUUCUGCYAUCGAAAUGGUUACACCCGGUUGUUUUAUGGCUAGUAUUGACCUAAAAGACGCCUAUUAUUCGGUAUCUAUAGCCCAUCAAUACCGGAAAUACCUGAAAUUCUCGUGGAGGAAUAAUCUGUACCAAUUUACAUGUUUUCCAAAUGGUUUGGCACUGUGCCCGAGAAAGUUUACAAAGCUCCUUAAACCUGCAUACUCUGCUCUCCGUUUAAUGGGUCAUUUAUCUGUAUCAYAUAUUGAUGAUUCAUACUUACAAGCGGACACAUAUGAGCAAUGUGUUCAAAAUGUUAUUGACACCGUUAAACUAUUCAAUAAAUUAGGUUUCACUAUUCACCCAGAGAAGUCUAUAUUUACACCAACUCAAAGACUUGUGUUCCUUGGGUUUGUACUAGAUUCCAAGUUAAUGAGAGUACAACUCACAUCAGACAAAGCUUUUAAAGUCAAAAGUGCCUGCCAUACCCUUAGAGAUAAUGCCAGGCCAUCUAUUCGAGAG